UUCCACUCCUCGCCAUAAAAAUUAUACAGGAAACCUUUUCUAUGAGCCCUUAGACGUUCCUUUGAAGUUUGCGAGGCGAGAGUUUGAAUCAAAUAAAAUUUCAUAAAUAGCGCGAGAGGAGAAGCUGAUGACAAGAGAGAUUGAUGGUUAGUUUGCUUCGUCACCAUUCUUCCCGGGCAACAUGGCUACCAACAAUUACGUGGAUGAAAGUGAAAAUCAGUCUCCAAAAUUAGUUGUGGCAAUAGCCGAUUUCGCCGCAGAAGACAAAAAUCAACUGAGCUUCAACGAAGGUGACGAACUUUUGGUUUUAAAUAAGAAUUCUAGUAUUUGGUGGUGGGCCGAACUCGAUGAAAAAUUUGGAUAUGUUCCGGUCUCCUAUGUGGUACCUGUUUCUGAGUAUCUAUCUCGACACGUACAGAAUCAUGAUUGGCAGGAUGAAGAGUACUUUGGCGCGUAUGGUAAAGUGAAAAUCCAUCUUGAAAUGCUAAGCGAUCACUCAAGAACUCUUGCGUAUCGAAACGCCAUCUUUAAGCAUCGAGAUGUUUUCACUGGAAAAACUGUUUUAGAUGUUGGAUGUGGUUCAGGGAUUCUGAGCUUGUUUUGUGCUAAAGAUGGAAUGGCGAAUAAAGUUUAUGCUGUGGAUGGAAGUGUGGAUAUCGGGGAACUGACCAAAGAACUCGUUGAAAGAAACGAUUUACACAAGAUAAUCACUGUUAUCACAGGAAAAAUUGAAGAAAUUGAGUUGCCAGAGAAAGUUGACAUUAUUAUCUCUGAGUGGAUGGGUACGUUCCUUAUCUUCGAAUUUAUGAUCGACUCAGUGCUGUAUGCACGAGACAGAUGGUUGAAGCCUGAUGGUGUGAUAUGGCCAUCAAAUGCAAAGUUAUUUGUCGUACCUUGUUGUGCAGAAGAAGCUUAUCAGGAGAAGGUUACUGCAUGGAACAAUCAAUAUGGUUUUGAUUUUUCUCCUUUUCUUAACAGAGCUAAGGCAGAAGUUCUUAACAGACCUUUGCAUAACCAGGAGCUUGACCCAAAGGACUGCCUGUCCCAAAGUGCAGUUCUUUUGGAUAUUGACAUGUCCACGUUUGUGAAGGAAAAUCUUGAACUGAUGUCAGAAAAUUUUGAGUUUGUGAUAACUAAGGAGGGUACAUUACAUGGGCUGUGUUCUUGGUUCAAUGUCACCUUUGGAGGGAUACCCAUCACAGAUACAUCAGAAUGUGUGAUACUGUCAACAGCACCUGAUCAAGAAAAAACUCACUGGAAACAAAAUCUUUUUCUAUUGGAAGAACCAGUGAUUGUUCAUGCUGGUAAUUUUUUUAAAGGUACAGCCACCUUGAGGCGAAAUCCUAAAUAUAGACGGCAUAUGAAUGUUACUUUUGAAUUUGAUAUUUUUUCUAGUGAUUCAAAAGGAGAAAUUAUUUAUAGUAAUAAGAAAAAAUAUUUUAUUUGGAGAUAGCAGAUUUUAGUAUUUAUUGAGAGAGCCAAGUAUUUCCAUGCUAUUUAAGCCUAGCAUAGAAAGCAGAAGAUUCUAAAUAGCAAAACAUACUUCCCAGCAAAGGUUUAAAGUAGAUUUUAGAAACCAUGACAGUUAUUCAACCAGAGACUAAAGUUUAUUUAAUAAAAUUCUUGAUACAGUUUUCUCUU